GGCACUGUUUUAUAGGAUGGCCACUAACAGUGUUUCCACCAAGUCGAAGCAAAACCAUUUGUUGUAUACUACAUAGUUUAGGUUCGUUUCAAACCUCCAUAAACAAUUUAUACGCUAAUCCUUUUUAAACUGGGGAUAACAAGCACCUUAAAAUAGUUGGGAAUAGUAUUUAUAAACUGCCCAUAAUUUGAACCUUGGUGAAUAAGGGUUUUCAUGCGAGUUUAUCGAUCCCCACGACACCCAGGAAAAAACAAAUUUACACCAAUCAGCUAAUUUAAAACUCUUAAGUUUAACUCUGUUGUUUGUUGUCCAAUAAUAUGUAGUUCUCGACCGGUAUACAUAAAAGGCAUCGCAACUUAGGUGACAUGAUUCAUUCCAAAUUUAGUAAACCUUCCAAUUUUGUGUCAACCCAACCAUAAACAAACAUUGCAGCUAAAUACGUAAAUACGUAUGUACGAUCAUUAUGCAUCGUAAAGCGAUCGUCUUUUUUGUAUUCCUCCUAAUCGACGUGCACACUGGAAUGGGGGUCCAAUUGUCCCAUAGUGCCGCGUUGGCUCGUCUUCAAGGAGCGGGAAUUUCGCUGAGCAGCACAGGCAACUGUUCCAAUCGAAAUAACAGGCUGUGUACCAGCCUGGAAAAUAUCCGUUCCGAGACGAUUGACUGGCUCAUACAUUUCAAGCAGACGAACAACUGUCCCUUCGUGGUCACUGGAGGAACCGAGACCGGCCACGGUCGUCGAACUGGGGUUGACAGCCAUUGGGGCGGAUACAAGGUGGACCUUCGAUUUAACUCCUGUCUCAACCAGUUUAUCGAACGGGGAAGUCGGACGGGUCAAAAUUCAUAUUUUCGCUAUAUUGGCACGUCCAGCUACGGGCCGAGGUACCGGUCAGGCUCAGGAGCAAUUCUGCUCAAGGAGUCAAACCACUGGGAUGCCCUUUGGCCCGCCAAUCCAGUCGUUAAUUGGGGUGGAUAAGGGGUUACCUUCUUAAAUUUGUUGGGCACAAAGUGUCACAAUUUUGCAUUGUCACGAUUUUAUGAAAAUAUUAAGUUUCCGUGUUUCAAACCUCUGAGAGGUUAUAUUAAUUUUCUAAAAAGCAAGAAAUCUAAUUGAUAAAUAUUUAAUUUUCCGAAUAAAAUUGUGGGUUCCGCGUCGUUAA